AUGUCCAAGCGGAGACUGAGGCAGACGCGGAGUUUGGACCCAGCUUUGAUGCGACAUUUCGGGAAUAAUGAGGAUGAGGAGAAACCACUAGAGCCCUACACGAUCCAGGAUGACUUCACCUGGAGCAGCGUGUCGGGACGCAGCGUUGGCCUGAAGCCCGUCCCGCUGCAGAGCCUCUCGGAGCUGGAGAGGAACCGUCUGCAGGAUGUGGCCUUCAGGAGGCUGCUGCAGGACUGUGACCUGGGCUGCCACAUCUCCAUCCCCAAAUCUGAAGAGCGCCUGUCCAUCUGUCUGCGGUUUCUUGCCACUGGGGACUCCUACAGGACCAUUGCGGGGAGCUUCAGAGCGGGCAUAUCCACCGUCUCCAUGCUCAUCCCAGAUGUGGUGGCAGCCAUCUGGGACUGCCUCGUGGAGGAGUUCAUGGCUGUGCCUGGAGCAGAGGAGUGGAGAUCCAGCGAUGGAGGCAUCGUGUCCAACUCUGCCUUUGACGACCAGAAGCACAAGAAGUCCCUGAGGCAGAAGCUGGACUCAUUAUCCAAAGAGAAAAACAAAGAUAAAGAGACGCCACCUCAAGCCUUCGGCAUCCCACUGUCCCAGGUCAUAGCCAACGACCGUAUGCACAAGCAGCGGCCCGACCUCCUGAGGCCUGAGCACAGCGACCCCAGCGAGUUGAUGCUCUCCUUCCUCCACCUCACGUCCAGCUUCAAAAGGACAAACAAAGAUUUUUCCAGCAGCAACUCGUCUCUGAGCUCCACGUGCGAGACCCCAAAUGAGUCUCCUCUGCAGGGCACGCCUGACCCGGCUCCCAGGACACGCAGGAGGGGUGGCGUGUCUGUUGAUUGCAUCACCGACCUUGACGAUAGCCAGUCCCGUCUUCUGGAGGCCCUACAGCUGUCUCUGCCCGUGGAGAGGAAGAAACGGCAGGACAAAAAGCUCAGCCUCAACCCCAUUUACAGACAGGUGCCCCGAGUCGUUGAUCUCUGCUGCCAACACUUGGAAAAAGAAGGCCUCCAGACUGUGGGUGUAUUCCGUGUGGGAAGUUCAAAGAAAAGAGUAAGGCAGCUUCGUGAGGACUUUGAUCAAGGAUGGGAGGUCAAUUUAGAUGAGGAGCACAGUGUCCAUGAUGUUGCUGCGCUGCUAAAAGAAUUUCUCAGGGACUUGCCAGACCCGCUUUUGACAAGAGAGCUCUACACGGCCUUUAUCCAUACAAUGAUGCUGGAUUUGUCAGACCAAGACAGAAUCAUUCAGCUCUUGCUCUUUCUUCUCCCACCUUGCAACAGUGACACAUUGCAGCGGCUGCUUUGUUUGUUGUCAACUGUGACUAAACAUUCAAAAGACGCCGUGGACAAAGAAGGCCACGAGGUGACAGGAAACAAGAUGACGUCGCUGAAUUUAGCCACCAUCUUUGGACCAAACCUGUUACAUAAACUCAAGUGCUCGGACAAGGAGUUUGUGGUGGAGAGUUUGGCGCGUGUGGAGGAGAGCACGGCCAUCAUCAGCCUGGUGCAGAGGAUGAUUGAUACUUAUGACACACUGUUUAUGGUCACAGCCGACCUGCAGAAUGAAGUGCUGAAAAGUUUGCUUGAAACUGAUCGUGAUGUUGUCGAUUACCUUCUGAGGAGGAAAGCCUCCCACAUUUCAAAUGCGGAUCUCAUUAGAGCAGAAGAACACUUGCGUCUGACAAGCAGGUGCUUAUCCAGUGACUCUAUCAAAGCGUCGAGUGGAGAAGUGUCUCCUUAUGACAACAACUCUCCGAUUUUCUCCAGUCACCUGAUGUGUGACUAUCCUACUGACAGCAGCUCACUGUCAUCCAAGCCCACACUCCAUUCUUCAAGCAACAGUUCUCCCACUCUUUCAAACCACAAGCUAGUCACUCAAGACCCUUUCUGGGAUGACUGGCAUGACUUGUUCCACCUGGACUUCAGAGGUCAUUGCGUCGCUGGCUCUGCUGGAGACACGUCGGAAUGUGAGUCGUAUGGAUCAUCCGAGGGGCUGAGCAGUCACCAAGAGCUGUGA